AUGGGUGACUCCAUGGACUCUGUUCGAAGCGAUGAGGAAGGCGUUGAGCUCGUAAGGCAGCUGUUGGCGUUGUUGCACAAAGCCAGUAUGCACCCAUGCAAAUGGCUGAGCAACUCCACGGCAAUACAGAAGACCAUCCCGGAGGAGGAUCGCGCUAAGGAGAUCAACCUCACGAAGGGAGAGCUGCCGAAUGUCAAGACACUGGGAAUCCUCUGGCUUGCGAAAGAGGACCAGUUCACAUUCGAACUGCAGCUAUCGGAGAUCGGCUCUAAUCCAACAAAGCGCGCGUUUCUCAGUGCAAAAGCAAAUAUAUUUGAUCCACUCGGACUCCUCGCACCGUACCUCGUGCAAGCAAAGAUCCUGCUGCAAGAAAUGUGGCUUUGUGGAGCAGCAUGGGAUGAGCGACUGCCCCCAGAAAUCGUCAAGAAGGUUCUCCGGUGGCUUGAGCAGGUGACGGAGCUAUCAACAGUACGUGUACCACACUGCCUGACGGCCACGGCGUGCACAGCAAUCAGCAGCCAGCUUCACGUGUUCUCAGAUGCGUCCGAGGUCGCAUACGGAGCAGUUGCGUGUCUUGUCAGUCACUAUGACACUGGAGAACCAACAGCACGGUUCGUCGCAAGCAAGGUCCGUGAGGCACCAGUGGCUGCUGUCAGCGUUCCGCGGCUUGAGCUAAUGGGGGCGACAACCGGAGCAACGCUCGCCACAUCAUCCGCCGAGUCACUGAACCUCGACCCCCGAGCAACGACGCUAUGGUCGGACAGCAGCAACGUUCUGCACUGGAUCACCAAUUACAGCCGCAUCUUCAAACAGUUUGUGGCUAGGCGAGUGGGCGAGAUUCAACGGAAAACCAAUCCUACCCAGGGGCGGUAUGUGCCCACCGCGCUCAAUCCAGCCGACCUGGUCUCUCGAGGAAUGUCAGUGCAAGCAAUGGCGGGAAGCAGUUUAUGGUGGAACGGUCCCGGCUUCUUGGGUGCCGCUGAAAGUGAAUGGCUAGUUCAGCCGGAACUGAAGCCCCGUUUGUCAACUCUGGAGUUGAAGAAAGUCAACCAACCAACGGAUGAGUCCAUCGAGCUGACUGCGGUGACCGUAGACCAAUGCCACAGCGAGCUGAAUCGUCUAGAGCCAAGCCGCUACUCCGACUGGGUAGGAUUGUGCUGUAUUCAUGCUUGGUGUUUGCGAUUCGCUACGAAUUGCUCGGUACCACCCGCAAAGCGAGAGUUUGACGAAUUAUCGCCACAGGCAAUCCUGGAUUCUGAUGAGUUCUACAUAAAGCGAGCAUAG